AUGGGUGUCAACCGCAUACAUCUGGAGCCACCAUUGUCUGAGGUCUUUCGUUUACUAGAGGGGUUCAAAUUCCAAAAACAGGUGACCAGACGUUUUGGUAGUACUACGCAGACAGUCACUUUGAUUCCCGGAGACGGCAUCGGACCGGAGAUUUCGGACGCCGUCAUGAAGAUUUUCGACGCUGCUGCCGCUCCCGUUGACUUCGAAGAGAGAAUCGUGACGGCGAUUCAAGGGCCCGGAGGGAAAUGGAUGAUCCCUCAAGAUGCCAAAGAUUCCAUGGACAAGAAUAAAAUAGGACUGAAAGGCCCUUUGAAAACGCCCAUCGCCGCCGGCCACCCAUCCAUGAACCUGCUGCUCCGCAAAACCUUCGACCUUUACGCAAACAUCCGCCCCUGUGUGUCGAUAGAAGGCUACAAAACCCCUUACACAGACGUCGACAUAGUCACAAUACGAGAGAACACGGAAGGCGAAUACAGCGGCAUUGAGCACGUGAUCGUCGAAGGCGUCGUGCAGAGUAUCAAGCUCAUCACGGAAGAAGCCAGCCGGCGUAUCGCGAACUUUGCCUUUGAGUACGCCAGGAACAACCACAGGAGCAAAGUGACGGCCGUGCACAAAGCAAACAUUAUGCGAAUGUCCGACGGCCUGUUCUUGAAAAAAUGCAGAGAAGCGGCGGAGAGCUGUAAAGACAUUAAGUUUAACGAAAUGUAUCUCGACACAGUGUGUCUGAAUAUGGUGCAAGAUCCAAGUCAGUUUGAUGUCCUCGUUAUGCCAAAUUUGUACGGAGACAUCCUGAGCGAUUUGUGUGCAGGACUGAUCGGGGGUCUCGGAGUAACGCCAAGCGGGAACAUUGGUGCUAACGGAGUUGCCAUCUUUGAAUCGGUUCAUGGAACCGCUCCCGACAUUGCCGGGAAGGACUUGGCCAACCCGACGGCCCUGCUCCUGAGCGCGGUGAUGAUGCUGCGUCACAUGGGCCUGCAAGACUACGCCAAGAGAAUAGAGGACGCCUGCUUCGACACCAUCAAGGCCGGAAAGGUCUUGACCAAAGAUUUAGGAGGUAACGCCAAGUGCUCGGACUUCACAGCAGAGAUCUGCCGAAGGGUGAAGGAUAUGGAAUAACAACAAACACUCCCACCCUGCAUAUCAUGUCGGUUACACGCACUCCAGACGGAUCUUCUUACUCAAAACACAUUAGCUGUCUGCAAUUUAUAUACUUCAGUUUGUCUUUCUCUCGGAGAAAGCAAGCGUCUUUCUUUUCAUUUUUUUUUAAGGUGGGGCCUCUUUGUUAAAUCAACUCAGCCCGCAUGGAUGUGAUUAUUCUUGUGCCUGUUUUUUUUCGCCAGACCGCUUUCUAAAGUGCUUUUUCAUCCUUUUAUUUAUGUGUUGAACGUCCUUCCCCUCACCCCCCCCCUUUCUCUCUUUUUUAAUUUUUGUAGCAGUUCUUUUAGGGUACUGGAUGAAGUGGUCGGCCAUCUUUCCCAUUUCAAAAUCUUUUUUUUUUUACGUUCGAGAAAUCCAUUAGCCUCUAAAUGUAGGAGAAAACACGACUUUGAAGCAGAUUUGGUUGGUCUAUUCGGUCUGUGGUCUGUAUGGAACACAGGCGGUUCUUUGGCCUUUUAAAAUAGCACAAGUCUAUAGAUAUUUCCUAAAGCAAGAAAAUACUUGAAUUAACCUCUAGAGAAGCCAGUGCGAAGAAAGCCUUUGAGUGUGCUCUCCAGCACCUGAGAUUUGCCCUUUGAAAGUAUGUAUAAAUGAAUUCCAUUUGUAUAAGCGCCGGAUUUUUAAAGACUGUAUAUAAAAUUCAGGGCAUCUUUGCAGUGUCUCCGUAUCUAGAUAGACUACCCCCCCCCCAGCCUCCGGAUGGCUUUGAUCUAGCAGUUUCCAAUGAAGAUGAAAUGCAAACUGAUUUUUGUCCGCUGUCGAUCAAAUGGGGGGAGGGGACUUUUUCGAUCUGGACCAAUACCAAAUGCAUCAUCCGCCGUUCCCGAAUCUGAGGCCUUUAUAUUAUCCUCACUUUUUAUAUUAUGAUUCAGUUCACAUUUAUGCCCCUCUGAUAUUAAUGGCUUUUCGAAACAACCGAAACGGAAGACAAAUGAGAUUACAUAGCCGGCCCAAGGGACAGAUGAGGCAGAGGGGAACCGUCCCGCGUCACCGUUUCUGUCCCGAAUAACAUCCAGACGUACAAAAUAGAUGCUGUAAUAGGUCUUCCCCCAAUGUAGUGUCUUCCCCUCCCCUGCAAUCGGCAGCUAGUUAAGUACAGUGGGGCUGGGGAAGUUCAGAGACUCGUGGCGUGGUCAGGUUUUCAAACUUCUUAGGCCCCUUAGUUUUUCACACUCUGCCACACAUCUCCCGUCAUGCCCAGUUCCAGCGUGAGCAGGACAGAAUGCAGGAUUCUGUUGGUUUUUUUCUCUCCCUCUUUUGGGUCACGCCUGAAAGGUGUCAAAGUUCUAAACUUCUUCCCGUCGCACAUCACGUUGGGGGGGGAACCGUGUGCGACGCCGGCCCCUUCAAACUUCUCGACAUAAUUCCACGGCCAGUUUCUCCAGUCCGUGUGGUACGCUCCCCGCCUCUUUCCGAGACCCUGUCCGCUGAGUUUCAGCUGUCCGCUUCUCGGUCUACGAAUCCAAGCCACAUAGAGUCCCUCCGCUUUGCCACACGGAUUCCCCGCUCGGCGUCCGCACAAGCAAAAUUAGUGAUGGACACAACUGUGAGGGGUUUCGGGGUGUGUGGUUGUAUUCUUUUUUUUCCCCCAUGCUUAUGCACUGAGAAGUAUUUAACUUCCGUUCUCGUACGUCAAUAUGGGCUGGCUCGAAAGAAAGACCUCUUGCUUCGUCUGUGUUUUAUCUGCCGCCGCCGCCGCUGCUUCCGUCUCUUUGGAUUGUACUAAGUGACUAUGGGGGAGUCACCAAUCGCACACAAAGUGGAGAAAACAGAAUAAAGAUCUCCCAAAGACA